AUGAGAACUCGAAAAGUUCAAGAUGGGUAAAUUGGUUUUGAGAUAAGAGGUUAGAGUAAUCCAAAAUUUAAAAGAAAAGGUUAAUUUGAUAAUUCAGAUGACAUUUAAUUAGAUAUUCCAAAUGGAGAUUUGAUUGAAGGAAAAAGUUAUUAUAUAACUAAUUGUGCAUCAUGUCAUCAUUUAGGUAUAUAUAAUUAUAAAUUUUAAGAUGUGGAUACUAAUUUAGGACCUUCAUUAAGAACUGUCUACUUAAGAAGAUUUAGAAAAAACUGGUCUAUGGAAUAUGGAGGAGGAGAUUUAAAUUCUUGUUAAAAAUUCAUUUGGAAUAGAAAAAAAUUAUGGGAAUUUCUAUAAAAUCCUGAAAAAAUGUUCUUAGAUACAGCAAUGUAAUUAGAUGGAAUCAAUGAUCCUUUUAUACUUGCUAGUGUUAUUGAUUAUCUUUAAUAUUUAAGAGUAUUUACUACAGAUAACAAAAAAAUAGUUAUCUGA